GCAAACUAAUUCAUCAAAAAAAUAUUCUCUUAAACAGCAUUCUCAUGAUUAAAUGUAAUAAAUUGAUGUUCAUUUGUAAAGUUCCCAACUUAAUGAAAACUUUUAGCACAAAUAAUUCAUCAAUAUUAUUACCUAUUGGAUCUGUUCGUUGUUAUUCAAUUCCUAUUAGUAUCAGAACGAAUAGUACUACUAUUAAAACUUAUAGUAGUAGUCGUCUAAUCUAUAGAAAUUUAUCAUUUACUGCUACUUUAUUUCAACCAACAUCAUCAUCAUUGACAUCAAUAAAACUGAAAGAUCAUCAAACCAAUUUAAGUUUGGGACUUUUUCAUCCGAAAAAGAAACGUGUAGAUAAAGAAAUCGCUGAUUUAAAACAAUCUGGAUUUUACGAUAUCGCAGGUUAUGGUUUUGCCCAGUGCACUGAUUUGAAAAUGCUCCGCUCUUAUCUUUCCAAAUUUGAUAAUCUGUAUAAAUUUCCUACAUUACCAUCGGAAUUAUCAUCGGAAGUAUUGUUAAUCUCUCAGUUGUUUGAAAUAAAUACGGAAAAUAAUAAUCCAUGGGAUGCAUUUAUUUUCAAUAAUGGAGUGGCUGUAUUUUGGAAUAUGCCUGAGGAAAAUCAUCAGUCAUUAUUGAAAGAAUUUCGUCAAUUCAGUGAAGGAAUUUUAGAAGAGAAUCUAAUUGAACGUGAAGGUUUAAGAUAUUGUUUAACCAAUGAUCAAACCCGUGUUGUCGGUGAAGACAUUUACUUACAUAUUCCAUCAUUAAAAGAUGUAUCACAUCAUACAGAACAACAAAGACAACAAUCAUACAAAGAUUUAACAUUAGAAGACCAAUUUUCAAAGCUUGCAUCAGCUUCUUUGACUGAAGAUAAUUCACUGUUGGAAAAGUUUGCAUUUUCUGAUGCUUUAGCCUUGUCAGAGAAUGGAUUCGAUACAGCAGUUGUUGAAAUUGAACCAUGGAUUGAAAAGAUGAAAACAGGUCGUGGCGCUAGAUUCCGUCAGUCUGCAGUUUUACGAAAAACUGGUGAAUUGUACACAAUUAAGUAGGUCGAAUCAUUCCCUCCCUCGCUUUUUAUGGUUUCAGGCAUCAAUACGGUAGUUAUAUGGUAAUGAUAUUCUCCUGAGGUUUACUAUUGAACUGUGAGAGAUUUUCAAUUCAUCAACAUAGAAUGCUUUAUCAACAUCAGUUUCUAUGGAAUGAACACAUAAAUACCCUGCGUAUAUGUACCGCUUGUAUACUAUAAAUGAUUAUCAGUUUUCCAACCAUGCUUCAAAAAUUAUUUUCAUAAUGUCCAGUCGAAUAUCGAGUUAUAGCAGAAAUAUUUUCUCAAUAAGUACCAAUUAUUAUUUAAAUUCUUUUUGGUUUUCAUCAUAUAAUGUGGAAUAAUUUAACCAAUGUUACCAUAUUCACGUUAGAUAUUUAAAGAAUCAGUAAUUUCUAAUAAGAAUGUGUAAUAUCUUAACUGAACAAUCAAUUGUUGGAAACUAGCGUUUAAAAUAAUCAACCCUGAUAGACUGGUUUAUCACAAAAUUUUGGCACCUAUUCACAAAACUCAGUUUUUAUCGAAUUCCAUCACUUAUGAGGUAGGCGAGAUGUCCAUCUUCCAACUAAUGGACUUUUAUACUUUCCAGAAGCUCUCUCUGUUCUACUUUAUGUCCGUGAAACCUGACCAUUAAGAAUAAAGGAUAUUCGUAGGUUACUAGUAUUCGAUAAUAGGUGUCUUUGGAGCAUUGCUCGUGUAUUUUGGGACCACCGGGUGACUAAUGUUUAGGUUAGGGAUAGAAUACUAAGCAAAGGGGCGAAAUCGACUGACGGGAUUAUGAAUUCUCAUAGAUCUAAGUGACUAUGAUGUUUAUUACGUGUGCUGAACCACCACUUACUUCAAUGUACUAUGUUUACUGAUGUAGUAGUACGUUGAAGGGAAAUUAGGCCCAGCCAAACCAGAACGUGACGUUAGUCUCUGAAGUCAUUGACUGUUGGUCUAAGCCAUGUUGAUAGGUGCAGACUGUUUGGUUGGAGCCUCAUGAUUAUCGUAAUCAAUGGUCGUAUGCCCAACCACCGACUGCCC